GUCAACGAUUCGGCAAUUUUCUGCAAAAGGGUAUGUUGACCAGUUUCUUGAUCAUAAAGUGAGAUUGAAGGGUGUUCGAGCGAUCUCUGAGGUUUGAAAGAUCACGUAAGGAUUAAGUACGCAAAACAAAAGAAAGAAAACGUUCAACUCGAACCUUUGUUACCAAUAUAAAGGUGAGUUAAAAACUUUAUUUUUACUCCUUCGGAAAAACAUUCUGAAGAGAACUGAUGGCAUACAGGAAAAUGACUCAGUGUUCCGCUAGGUCAAUGCCUUCGCAAAACGAGUCUUACCACCCCAUGUAUGAUCAGGCUAAACAUUUUACGUAUGAGUGCAGUGUCUUUCAUUUCUGUUUUAACAGUAGACGGGUCUGAUAUCCUACACACAUGCAGGUCUGGAAAAAGAGGGGCCUUAAAAUACUAGACAAUCUGUAUAAAUUGUUGGGAAUUGUUAUUUGAAGUGUAUCAGUCAAUGGUGACGAUACGUUCGAUCCGGCAUAGCUUCCGUUUCGUAUACUUCCUAACUUCAGAUCACUGGCCCCGGUUGUUCAAACGUUGGAUAGCGCUAUCCACCGGAUAAAUCACUAUCCAGCGGAUAAAUAAUGGGGAAACUAAUUGCACUAUCCACUGGAUAGAGAUUUAUCCGGUGAAUAGAGCUAUCCAGCCUUUGAACAACCGAGACCAGGGCAAGUGUAUUUAUUUACAACCACUAAAGGUAACAAACCCCAAUUAAAAACAAAAACUUAAAUAUUUGAAGUGGUCUUAAUCCGUCACAGAAAACGAAUGGGAUCCUCUUAUUUAUGAGGGAGGUUUCACAAGAUGAGCUCAAAUAUAUGACCUGCCGAUUCGCUAUCAGGACAACAGAACAUUGAGUAUAGUGGUACAUAGCCAGGCAUGUUGACACACAGUGAUUAAAGGUAGAAACCUUCGACUGAUACUUUGCCAACACUAGCCGUCGGCGAAAACUACAGUUCUGAAGAGGCCCUGUUAAGGGUUUUAGAGAUAAGGAAUAGCCGGAUAAAUAAUUUAAGGGAUAAGGGAUAACUGACAAAAUAAUUUUGGGGAUAAGGGAUUAAUGAAACGUUUUAGGGAUAAUGAAAUUACAUCCUACAGGACGCUACUUUUGCCUACAAUGAGGAGCUCAGGGAUGACCAGCUUAAACCACACGCUCUUCAUUCUCAAGAAAUGUUAUUAAAAAAUGAUUAUGAGGUCACGAAUAGCCGACUUCUUGUUCAUCAGUUUAGAAAAAGUUAUGAGAAAUGAAGUGAUCAACAUGUCACGAGCACGGGACAAAGAAAAAAUUUGAACAAGUUGAGUUGGUUAUAGUAUAGCAGGCCGGAUUAUAAGGUGGGAAUAUCUACGCCGUCAUGAUCAUGAAAAACUUGUUACCAUGCAAAACCCACGGCGAGACAAUGGCUGCAUGGUGCUAGGUCCACAUUGAAACAAAACUGAAAAAGAACGAACAAAAGAAAAAAUGAUUUAAUUUGCUUCGGCUCGUACUUUCACCAAAUGAACUCAUCAUGACUGUUUUUAAACAUCGACAAACUCCUUCUGUUUUCGGAAUAGGCCUAUUCCCGGCGAGAGGUUCGUUAGUCCAAUACUCUGCGAACAGUCAAAACAUAUCGCGUAAAAGUAAUCUCUGCUCGUUGGGCCAAAGUUAAGUGGAUCUCUUGAGAGCAAUUUCCGCAACGUUUGCUGCUUUUAUUCAGUGGCAGUGUUAUUCAGUGGAUAUUCAGCGGCUGAUGUAUCGACGAUUUUAGGAGCUAUUUUUUGGCAAUUUUGUGGCAAUUUUUGAAAUCUUCAUGUAGCGAUCGAUUUCCGUAGGCUUCUAUAAUGAACACACUGGUUUACCCGUCUUGGCUCUGUCUUUGUUUGCUCUUACGCAAAGAGUCGUUAUGUAAUCACCGAUGGUUUACAGCCGUAAAAAAUCACCUCUGGAAACGGAUUAACCGGGCCUUUACAAUUCGCAUCUGCCGUAACAAACGCAAUGAUUAUUGCAUCUUUACAGCUAGUUACAUCGUCUUUAUUCUCUACCAUCAAACUAACUUUUAAAGAUAAGGAAUAUCUGCUAAGAGUUACAGGGAUAUGGGAUAACAAGACACCCGUAAGAGGGCCUCUCUGAAGUUCUUCCUGUUUGAUUCGUAACAUUCUGAGACAAUAUGUGUGCAAAUAUUCCCUUAGUACGAGAUCUAACCAUUGCCAUGAGGAAAAAAAUUGCAGCAAUUACAUAUAAUGGAGACCGCUGUUCCAGAGGUAUCCAUACACUAUAUAUUGACUGCAAUCCAUAAUUAUACCAAGUUGGCACGCAUAGUUAGUAGAAGUGCCCCCUCUAUUAAUGGUCCAGUUUGCAGUUAUAUAAUUUCUUUUAAUCGUGCUUUGGAUUCCGAAAAGAAAAAGAUAAUUUUGAAAUUUAGAAAUCGCGGCGCCUCUUGACCUAAUGUUUAAAAAUAGCACAACUGUAUUUUUUUUUUUUCAUCUUGAAAUAUAUGUACCACUGAUUGAAUCUUGCGCAGUGCUUUUUAGGGAUACUUCAUGUAGAACUUUUCGUUUGAAAAGGAGGAAAGUCUACCUUUAACGUUUGUUUUUUUUACAAUGAGACCUCGCCUUAGCAAAACUCAGUGCAAUAGCGGGCAGUAUCAUGAGAAAUCACUACGGUCCACAGCAUAGAUAAUUUGGAAAGAUAUGGUUAUCUACCAUUGUAUCUGCUAAAUAGACAUCCUCUUCUAGUAAAGAAGAGUACAUACUUUCCGGGAGAGGCUUAACCCAGGCGUAGCCCGGUGUGCAUUCACUGACAUCAUGGUAAAAAUCUACCUAAACUAAACUUAUUAUAUCAUUUUAGAGAGGGUUACACUCCAAUAAACGAUAAACCUGAGCCCUCUAAGAGUCCUCAACAAGAAUAAUAAUAAUAAUAAUAAUAAUAAUAACUUUAUUUCUAUAGCGCUCUUAUCCUAUGUUCGAGGCGCUUUACAGUCAUGUAAACAAUGGGACCAUUAUGGCUCUUGUCCUCAGCUACAGAUGGCAUUGGAUACACUUUGAAUAGACCUCUUCAGCUUGUCGGUUUUGUUUUCCCAAUAGAGGUUCCAAGGCCACUUGAUCCGAUUAUGCGUUCGUGUGCACGUGAAUAAGACGAAAUUUGAAAGAAACAUUUCUUUGGAGCAUUAACAUAUGCCCUGAACUGGGAAAACAAAACAUACAAGCUAAAGAGGUCUAUUGCUGAUCAAACUUAUGGCGUUGACGCCAGGACUCGAAACCGGGCCACAACAAUAGGAGCCAGGCAAGUGCUCACACAACUGGCCAUCGCUGCUCUCUCUUAAUUCCAUUCUCCCCGCCCCCCGAGCUUAUCUCUCUAUUCUAUAUAACAACGGACGCGAAGGCCUCAAGGAAACCCUGCAUUCCCGAACCAGAGCCGUUCUCUAUUUCGCAUGUCAAGUCAAAAGCGUGAGCUCUUGACAUUCUUGGAUAGAGAUUGCGUAAAACACAGCUUGUUUCGCGCAUGCCCGUUCAUACCAUGCCAGCAAUGGUUUCUGUAGGCCGGAAGCUGCGCUAUGAAGGGAGAGAAACCACUGCGAGCUACCGCCCGCUUCUUUGAUUGAGCCGCUGCCCAGCGCCAUGGACGAAUAAAUUAACUUUUAAUAUGUAAAAUUUCUUUUAAGACAAGUUUAAAAGCUCUCGCGCAUUUGCUUGCGCCUACAAUUGCUGACUUAAUGCGAGCCUGCUGUGAAUUUGCGCUAUUUCAAUAAUUCAGUAUUUAUUGGGAUUAUUCAUUCCUACCUAUUUACUUUGUGACUGUAGGUAAACCCAACUGGAGUUGAAUUCCUGGGAAUCAUAUCUAAGUUCAGGAAGAGAAAUGAAAUAUUUACGUCAUGAAGAUGGAUAAAACGCGAAAUAAGGCAUUUUCACGUCGUAGUCGGGCAAAAACGGCAAAGAAAAGUACAAGAAAGGGCGAUGCAUCCGUGCAAAGUUGUUGUUUUGCUUAUUAAACCUAUUGUUUUGUUGAAUUAAGUCCCUAAUGCUUCCUGCGAAACAAGAGGAAGUGCUGCCAUUUGAUGUUUUGACGUAGGCAUCACGUGGACGCGCAUGCUAGAUGGAAAAAGCACUAGAAACGGUUGCUUGCGGUGAUUUCUCUCCCUUCGAAGCCGCAGCGUCGAGCCUGGAGAAACCACUGCUCGCUGGGUAGCACGCACACGGUGUACACUCAACAUGAUAACUCUGACGUCCUUAAAAAACCAAAACAGAGCGAGUGUCUUUCAACAGCAAUAUUUCGUCGCAACUUGGGGAAGCAAGCGUAAAAGUCCAGUCUAUUUGAGGCGUGUGACAAUGGUGUAUCUAACGCCCAAAAGAACAAUUUAGCUGUUAGUUAACUCCCCGUGCGCCCAGGAAAGCCCUUAUUUGCAUUUUUUGUUUUUAAACUUAAAUUGCCUUCUAGCAUUUUCAGUUCAGUUCCAUUUCAACGUUGUUUCUUCAAGAGCACUAAGUACUAGUUUCCUAUCAGGAGUAUCUCUUUGGCGGUCAGACGUUUUGCGCCCAAAAAUAUGUAAGUGCGUUGUCCAUUCGUCUACUGUAUUUUGUUUUUGCUGUAUUUCUUUUGCGCUCGCAGCAUUUCAGAAGUUUUAUUUUCUCCUUGUAUUUCAGUUUAAACCACAACAUAACAAAUACAACACAUCGCAGUACAUCGAAGGGAACCUAAUCUCAGUCGAGUCUGUUGGGUCUAUAGUCUACCAUCUCGCCCAUUGCUGUCUAACCUCGAGGACACAAAUCCUAUUAAAGCUGUGCGUCUAUUGUUAAAAGUCGCCUUGUGACAGCUAUAGACAAGUUAGAAUAUAGCUGUUUAUGUAAAGAGAAAAUAGUCCGUAAACGUGGAUUGCUUAAAUUAUAGCCAAUGAACAUUUAAAUAUAACAUUUUGAUCAUUUUGGAUCAAUGGAUUAAAUCCGGGUAAUCCGACAAUCGAUAUCAAUCGAUAACUCCUGACUAAUGUCGUUUUCCUGACAUUCAAAAUCAAUGAGGACGAACCGAGUCCCUUCCACUUCCUUUAGUACCGAUACAAAGUGAAUAACCGAGAGGGUCAUUACAAAAAAGAAUUGGAUGAACAAUACAUACCUUGGUUCAAACAUGCUUUAUUUUUCUGUUCUAAUCUAAACCAGCUAUCAAUCGAUCUCAGACCAAAAAAAGGAAAGUAAAAAUCAAACCAACAGUAAAAUUAAACCACAGCACAUGACAACCGAAAGUCAAUCAGCAAAUGUCUUUACCAGCCGCCUCAGAGUCUGUUAUUUGGCCAACAUCCACUAUGCUGUUUGCAUGUAGCAGCUAUUUGUGGCAUACGCCGAAAAGUCACGUGUCUAAACUAUGUUUAUAACUGUGGGGUGCUGUAUUGCUAUUGCAUUUCAGUCACUGGUUACUUCCCAGAAACGUGACCAAUAAUAAUAGCAACCAGGAUCACCAUUAACAACGUUGCACGUAACUAAAGUGAGUGUCUUGGCAAUCAAACAUCAAUUUAAGAAUUUUUUUUAGUUACGUGUGUCUUAUCUUUUUUUGUUUCAGUGCGGUUUACCUCUAUUAUAUCAUGAGGCGAAAACGAGCAUCCACGAAUCAUCACCAGGGACAUCAAACGAACAUUAUUAAUGUGCAUGCUGUGGUCUUAGGACUGGAUGGUGUGGGCAAGUCAGGUGGGUUGAUCUAUACAUUAGCGCUUUGAAAUGGUCCACUGUUACCACUGCUGGGUUUUCAAAAGAUAAAUUUGGUCACUGCUCUUGCGCGCAACACAAAACGCAGUACACGCAUGUUGGAAAAAAAGACACCUUCAAGUUGAUUCGAUUUCCUUAGAGAGAGAAAAAUUGGGGAAGAUUGAUCGUAAAGUCGCAAUUAAUCAUCCCGCCUUAAUAAACUACGAACUGAACAAUGAUCUUCUUUGUGACUCAAAAGCAAUCCUACAUCUUGACCUAAAUACAGACUCAAAGCAAAUCAUCCAAACGUAACGUAAAGAUACUUUUGCAACCGAAGACGUUUGCACAGCCUGACAGGGAACAUGCAGUUUACAAUCGAACAAAAAUAAGGAAUAUUUCUACGAUAGAUAUCCAUUUGUCCUUGUUGUGUUUGACUUUAAUUUACUUUUGGUUUUUCCUGCAAUGUUGAGGAUUGAAUCAAAAAAGAAAACAGUUCAAAAAAAUCUUAAUUAGCUCCUUCUGGAAGGCGGAUUGCAUUUUUAAAAACAAGGUUCCAUUAGUUAUGUUCAAAUUAAGAGAUUUUUUUUAUUACUAUAGGAAACUGCCUCACCAGAGAUAGACUAUUCUUAACCACGAGAGUUCUAGUCUGACUUUUCAACCAAAUAUCGUAUCGUUAAAGACAAAGUUUGAAAUAUACUAGCUUGGCGACUCCACCUCAGUGCCAAAACUGACCGUGAUCAAUAAAGUAAAAUAAGCAAUCAGUGGAAUGCGCCAGACAUAAAAUAGGACUGAAAAACAAAUAAGUCGUUUGUCAUCAUGUUAAACGUAUCGUGUAAAUUAAUAUGUAGUGCAUAGAAUAGCAUCUGCUGUGCUAAAGACUAAUAAGCUGAAUUUAUUCCAAAACGGAAGCCACACUGGGUAUCUAUACAGUUAAAAUGGCACGGCGCACAUUGAGGACCAACCAACUGUCGGCUGCGCUGAAAAGGAUGUCGAAAGGAAACACAGUCGCCAGAUAUACUUCCUGAUAUUUUAGGUAGUUAUCAGUGCGGCAUCUUGUCGCGAACUAGAAAUCAAUCCACCACAAAAGCCACUCGUAACUUCACAUGCUGAUUUUUUUUUCUGAUAAGACAGAGCUGGACAACCAUAAAAGUUAGUCUUUCUUUUAAAGUACCGAGUACACAGACGUUUUGACUUUCUUGUGCAAUAAAAUGUAACACUGUAGCUUGAGGUUGCAUUUUUUACUUAAAACUUGCGGAAAAUCAGUAAAAGAAAGUUAUAAGUCUCAGACUAGACAGUCCACUAAGAACUAGCCCCUUGAAAUCACUUAUCAAUUAACAACUUUCAUCUUAGGAUAUGACUGUGUCCACUUGAAAAGAUACAAUAUUGGCCAUCACAAAGCGCAUAAAAACUUUCAUUUAUCAGAACGCCCUACAGAUGAAAACCCUAUUUGGGCGCGAACUUUGAGAACUUUUUUUUAGCUCGUUGUGCAUGAUCUAGCAAUAACUAGCUAAAUAUAAGAUUGUAACGAACAAACAAGCAAAACAUGUAAACAACAUGAAAAUUAAUGGAAAGGAUCUAACUAAAGAAUUCAGGGAAAGAUAGCUGCAAAAAUGCAUCAAUACACUUCAAAAUAGUAUCAAUUACUUUUUAUCACUACAAGUAUCUCUUUCUUGGCUUCUGAUAUCAUUCCGACUUACUCGGUGACUUGAAUCUAGGAAAUACGUAACCAGAAUUUUAACCUGAGGUUAGUGUGGUUCUCUAUCUACCUAUAUGGGUAUUUCCGAUACCGAAAUUCGUAGUCAAAAAGGAAAAUACAGCUUAAGGUACCCUGCUGAGGGGCACGCAAUGGUUUAGAUUAGACAGGUACAGUGAUUAGUCUAGACCUAUCGGUAGCAACACCGCUAGUGGUAAAAAAAAAUCUGUGCUUCAAUUCCCUGAAUGACUAUUUGCAAACUAAUAAUAACAUCAAACAACGACGUUUCCAAUAUGAAUUUUUAAAUAAGGCCUAAUUGUUUUUUAAAGCUUAGUUCUAAAUAUUUCCAACAUCUGAAUCAUUCAAUUUACCCUGGCUCUAUAUAGAUAUAGUUUCACACUGCGCCAUCUGUGAUUGUUAAAAGAUAUCUUUUUUAAGCAUCAUAGCUACACUAUCUAGAAUUCUUGUUUGAAGAGCUCUCUAACGGUUAGCAGCCAAGCACUUAGAAGACUUGAAUUGUGUCGGGUUUGUAAAACGUGUUACCAAAAGUCCUCCAUACCUGUAGAUAUCUCUUCAAACGGUUCGUCGUGUUUUGUGUUGUAUGCAAAACAUGUGAUUUACCUUACUUAAAACACACAUUAAAAACAUCCAAAAACAUUCAAGUUCAAAAACGUGAUCGAUGAAAGUAAUAGUCAUCCUGCAUCACGUACUCGAGAGUUAUCAUUAUUUGGAACAUUUGAGCAUUAUAGUACGAGAUGAUCAUGAGUUACUAGUAACAGCAUUGUCCUAUAUGCGUCUUUUGUUCAAGUGCAUCCGCGCGUUGAGAUUGGUUAGAACGAGCUUACUACGAAGUCAAGUGAGUUCUAGAAUGACACUGGGCUAUGUAUAGUCGAAACUCCUUAAAAAGGAAACCAAGGGGACAAGCUCAAGCCAAGUGUCCUCAUUACAGAGGUUUCCUUAUUACAGUGGUAGGGGUUGUAUGAGGUUUGGUGUCUUUAGAACCAAGAGAAAAGUCCGUAAUAGACAGGUGUAUCCUCAGAGGUAUGGAUUAUAUGAAGUUUGCCGGUAUCUUUAGGACCAAGUUGAGAUCUCUCAGUGAUAGGGAGGGGUCCUAAUUAUGGAGAUCUCCAUAAGGAGGGUUUCCACUGCAAUAGGUUCUUGUGGCUUGCCCCCCUCUAGGGAAGUUGUAGUCAGUAUUUUGUUGUCCGUGUAAGGACAUAAGCCUCAAAAUAUUAAAGAACGUAAUCACCUAUAAGAGAACAUUAUGUAUUGCCUCUCACUUCGCAAACGAGAUUUAUCGGCUGUGUCAGCCAUUUGGUCUUCAAAUGAGUUCCAGUCAAAUUACGUUCGUUAUAGUCCUGGUAUAUUAAUCCAUCCUUGAAUUCAUGUCAUGCUAGAAUUUCUUCGAGUAACCCCUUAAGUAAAAUAGUCUCUACACUUUAAGAAGAGCGGGUUAAUAACGUGUUUGAAGCGCCUCGUGGUCUGGCUAUUUCCCUACUAAGCAAGCGAUCAUGGUUCAAGUCCCGUCCUUCUUUCUUCAAGACUUUCUUUAUUACUGCAAUAUUCUACCAAAACGAAGCAGUACCACUUAUAUAGUCAUAAGACAGUCUUGUUUUGAACAAACAUUUUUGGCCAUUCGUUGGAAACGUUGGGUGCGAUUUUAAAAUUGGGCGGCGAAGCCUUUACAGCAAAUCACGGGAUUAAUGAAAGACUGUUACUAUUUGUAAAAGGGACCUCUGGAGCUAGCUCAUACUUAAGAGAGAUCUUUUUCCGUUGUAGCUCUAACUGUGAGAUUUCUAACAAGACGUUUCAUUUGGGAAUAUGACAAAAAUCUAGGUAAGUGGCUUUUACUCUGUCAGGGGGGACAACGUUUGACCAAGAGCCAUACCAAGAGCCAUUAUGGCUCUUGGUUUGACCUGUACCUCUGUUAGUGUGUUGAACAUCAGUUAGUCGGCAGGAGAUUUUAACAAUUCUUGGAUGAGCUAACCUUCGCGGCAACAAACGCGGUUAUGGAAUGGUAAAGAAAGUUACUGGACCCAUAAAUAUUCCUCCUUUUUGGAGAGUGCGGCUUCGAAAGACCCUUUAAUAUUCAAAUAAUAGUUUUCCUCCAGAAGGCGAAUGGAUGGUAUGCAUCAUGAUAUGUUUUUCACAUGCUUUCGAUCACCUUCGUUUUGCUCAAAUCAAGUUGUUCUUUACAGAAAUGACGUAUCGACAUCACAUGACCCUAGAUGGGCAGUACGUGGCCCUUGAUAUAAUGGAUACCGCGGGAGAGGUAUGUUGACCAUGUUUUACCUGUGAGCAACACCGUUCCAUUUCUGUUUGAGCGGAUAACUUGCCCUUGGUUAUUUCUAGCCAAGCACCUUUCCCAUACAUUCGAUAUCUACUCGAUCAAUCUAAUUUUCAGUCAAUUCAUACAGUCAACUACUAUGGCUGAAUGUGAUGUUCUUUUUCAUUCCUUCCUAUAGAACACAGAGGAAAAGUUGGUGAAACUGGCCUCCUUCGGAGAACUGUUCUUCAUCCUGUACUCAAUAACUGAUCGCAUUUCAUUCAUGGAAGCAAGGCGUUUGGGACGUUACUUUAAAAAGGUGAAAAACAAUAACAGCACCCUCAUUCUGGUAGCAACGAAGACAGACCAAGAACGCCACAGGAAAAUCCGGGAGACUGAAGGACUCGGGCUUGCAAAGGAACUGGGGUCUGUAUUCUGCGAGAUAUCUAUUUCCGAAGGUUUCACCGAAACGAAUUCCCUGUUGUUCGACUCUUUACGACAGUGUUUAAACAAGAGAGGCGUUGACUUGGACAACAAAGUGGAGCAGGAAAAUGGCGAUAAGGACAAAUCAGGACCUUUGUCGAGAAUGAAAGAAGGCUUUAAAGGAAUGUACGCAAGAAGAAAGUCGUGUACUGUACUAGCUGUCUAGUUGGAACCAUUUAAAGUAUAUUCAAAAAACUACCACA